CCUGCCGCUCUCUCCCGCCGCUCCCCUUCACGGCGGCCUGACCGGCAAGGCCUUUGCACUGAAGCCAAGUGAAGAACCUCAGAACUGCACUAUAAGCCAUUUAACUCAGCUACAACUUCAUUAGCAGCAAAGCAUCUCCACCACCACCAAGACCACAAGUGCUGUUUUUUCCCUUCCCUGCCCAUUGCUCCCAUCUCCGCGCCUGGAAGCCAGUACUCAGCAGUAGCUCUAACUCACUGUCUAUCCCACUGGACCGCUCCCCAUCAUGUUUCAGCGUCUCACCAGCCUCUUCUUCAGCGACAGCAACAUGCCAGAAGGCCUGGAGGAGCCCAAACCCUUUGUUGAGGAGGAGGAGGAGGAGGAUGGCUGGCUCAUAAUUGAUCUUGCAGGCAGCCGUGCCUGCCCUGGCACAGCCCGGCGAGUGGGUGCUGGUGGUACUGGGCGCUCGGUGCGACCCCGCCCGGCACCCCCUGGUCCGCCACUGCCGUCGGCCGCUUCCCCGGCUCUGGCCGGUCCCUGCUUGAUGGACGAGAGUUGGUUUGUCACCCCUCCCCCCUGUUUUACUGCAGAGGGGCCCGGCCCCGGCGGAGUGGGGAGCAGCCCCAUGGAGGACCUGCUCAUCGAGCACCCCAGCAUGUCCGUCUACAUCACCAGCACCCUUGAGGUGGACAGGGAGGCCCCCGAGGACGAUGCUGCUGGGGAGGUGCCGGAGCCCCGGCUGGAGCGGCACAUGCCCCACCACAGCAGGUCCCUCUCGGUGAAGGCUGCCAUCUUGGAGAAGGUCGGGCAGGUGCGGCGGGUGCAGCGGGCCAAGCAGCUGGUGGAGAAGCACCAGCUCAGCCAGAAGGCACUGCAGCGGCAGAACCGGGCCCACCAGCGCCCGCUGCGCCGGGCCAAGCAGCAUGCCAGGACCUUUGUCCACCAGCCCUGCCAGCGCCACUGCAACUACUGACCUCGCCCGGACGGCCGCACCGCCGCUCCCCGCUGCCUCCUCCCCCGGCAGAGGGAGACUUCACCCCCCGCCCCAACACCACCCGGGGAGCGCCGGCCCCGACAAACACCGGUGACACCGGGCUGCGGUUUCACUCCACAACCCCCCCCCCCCCCCCCCCCCCCCCGCCACCUGCAUGCCCAGGCCCCCACUCCUCGUCUUCCUCCCUCUGCUGCUCCCCUCGCCCUUCGCCCCCAACACCAGCUGGGCCAGCGACUCCCGGAGCCACCAGCAUGGAGGGCUGUGCCGCCCCCUCCACCCUUGCAGCCACGCCAGCCUUCACACGGGAAAUCAGUAUUUCCAGUGAAAUCACCCGUUUCCAAAAUCCACGGUGAAGCCCGUUUGUCCUGAUGAGCCUGUGACAUCAGUGCCUUUCUUCAUAACAUCAUGACUCCACGGAUAGCCAGACUGGGAUGUCACAAGCCAAGACACCAAGUGGAAGUGAAACAAGCAACGAAGCAACAAGAUUUGGGAUUUUUAGGAAAAUCUCAUCAAUGACACUAAAUAAUGCUUCUUCCCCCCAAAACCAGCAAAUACUCCCCUCCCUCAUUGAUUUCUUAAUUACGUUUUUACCAUGAUAAGACAAAAACCCCAGUGCUGGUCCCAAAAGGGCUUGUCGAGGGGAAGAGCUGGUGGAAACCUUUGUGGCAGGGACAGCCGGGCAGCUCGUGGUGCCUCAUGGUGUUUUUUUAAAGACAACCUUAAAAGCAAUCUCAGGAAACAAAGCACUGUCCCAGUACCUUGCUGGAGCCCUUGGCUGUGGGGCCAGCGGUAGCAUCACCAUGGCCGGUGGUCCCGCUGAGCUGCUGGCUGCCUCGUCUGAGCGAGCCCCCUCCUCCUGGAGCUACUCAUCUGCCCAAGCCACACCUAUAUACAUACAUACGUGUGUGUAUCGUAUUUCUCUCUAUACCUAUAUACUUGGAAGAGGCGCCAUUGAAGCCAAGGAGCAUUGGCUGCCUGGUGUCGAUCCCUGGGAGGGGAGUGGAGGCAGGGACCUGUGCAGCUUCCCUGAGGUGGCAAAAGCACGUUGAAGCUGGUGGUGAAGGGAUGCCAAAGAGGAGGCUGGACGGAAGAGGCUGAAGUAGGGGCAAAGAUGGGCCUGGGAGCGGCUGCAAAGGGAGAGGAUGGGGCAGGCCUGGGCAGUGGGGCCAGGUGAGAGGAUCGCUGCAGGGGAGCCAUAACAGGAACGCCUUCUUUGCUCACUAAAAAUUGCAUCCUUUCCUGUGAAGGGCCAAAUUCCGUAGUGGGCAAUGCUGAUUUUUAAUGCAAAUCCCUCCCCUUCCCAUGACGGACUCAUUCUGCCUUUUGAAGGACACAGUCCAGACUUUUCACUGGCUCUAGCACCAGCUGAGAUGGCUCCAAACCCAGCAGAAAUUUGAUGAUUCCCCCCCCCCCAGCUCCCUCCCAUUAGGGACUGGUUUUGCACCCCAUGCCCCAGGGAAGGUCUGGCCAUCAUGUCCUGCUCGUGGCCAGCUCACAGCCUGGAUUCCCACCCUCUGAGACAAGAAAUACCCCUACCCCCCAAAAAAAUGCUGAUUUCACAGGAGUUUCUUCCAUUCACCAUGUUACAUCCCUUAAUAUCAGCUUGGGACCUAGAUUGAGGGAACUGUGGUUAGCCCAAUCUCAAACAGGUGAUAUUUAUUGAUUUUUUUUUUUUUUUUAAAUGAGAUUAAAACCAAAUUGAACACUCUUACAAGCACCACCCCCCCCCAGCUCUGUGCCUGGGAGCCUGGACCACAGGGGAGCCGGCUGAUGAUGCUCACCUGCAGCGUUUAUCUUUCAUUCCGAUGACAUGGCAUUCCUAAAAGCACAGAAAGAAUGAAAAACCAAUUUCAAAUAUGCCUUUUAAGACUUUCCCUUUCAAUUCUUCCAGCCCCGUUUCUUGUUUCAACUCCCCCUGAGACCCGACACCCUCAUCACACAAGUGAUGUGAUGCCUCUUGCCCUUCCGGCUGCAGCAGCCAGUGCCCACCGGGGCAAGUGUGGCACUGGCUGCUGUGCCAGUGGAGACGCUGGGCUGUAUCCUGCACCUGCCACACAGGUUUGGCCUGCUGCUUUUUCAGCCUUUCUGGUAAGCGCAGCGGCACUGGAGCUGAUUUUUUACAGAGCAUUAGCAUUAAGUUAUUAGCAGAGGAAGAGCAGGCUGGGGAACCUGGUGUUACCUCCCGGCCCUUGGCCUCGCCCACUGCUCCUUGGGCCUCGUCGCAAUUACCAUCCCUUGCUGCCGAACCUGAGGCCACGCUGGAGAUUGCCCUAUUUCGUCUCUGGUGUCUUCUUGGUGAAGAGACUGAUGACUGCUUGACUCGAGGGGAACAUGUACAUCCUUUGGCUUCCUGGGCUUCACAUUCAAUGCCUUUUUUUCCCCCUGAAGUGAUGCCUGGUAUGAACCAGGAGCAUGCCAUUUGUAGGGACACUGGCACAAGGUGCUUGUGAAGACAAGCAGGGGCUGAGCCCGAGCUCUUGGGUGUCCGAUGGAUCUCUGAUGAGGGGCUGCCUUCCCCAUGCUGCUCUUGCCCGUAUUGCUGGUGAUAUGCUCUGUGGCCACCAGGCAACAGCGUUGGAGGAAGCAUUUUCUCUCUAGCCCAAAUAUAUAUCAAGAAGUGGACAAGCCAAGCAAUGGUUUGCCUCCCAGCCGGUUCUCCAUUGCAAAUUCUCUUCCUGCACAUCCAAGGCGCUGCCAGUCCCUCCAGAGUGCUCCCAAAAUCAGAGGCUGGCUGUGACACCAUCACCCUCUGUGCAGCUCCCAGGGGAAGACGGGCUGGGGACAGCAAGGCUGGCUGGGAAUGGUGUCCCUGGGGUGGAUCCUGCCAUGCCUCACUUACCAGGCCUUCCCGUGCCCACCAGUCUGCUUGCAAACGGUACCCUAUUAGGAGAAACCCCUCAUCAAAACACUCCUCUGUGUCCCGCUCAUCCAUCGUGAGCCAGAAACCUUUGGCCAUGCUCCCGGGGGGCUCAGCACAGUCAUGGCUGCCAACAGCCAGCACCCAGCACCCAUUUCAAAUGCCUGAUGCUGUUAUUCCGUCCUGGUUUUCAGAAGCGAAUGCAAACUGUUUUCUUUUCCUUUCUUCUUUCCAUGCCAGUCUGAGACAUCUUUCAUCACUCUGUGCCCAGCCAGCACAGUACAUGAAGCAGAACUAUUAUCACACUUUAUAUCAAGAGUAUGUUUAUAAAGGAUUAAUAAAUUAUUAAUAAUGUUUUCAUGAAGAGGUUAAUCCCGAGUCCUAGCAUCCUGCAGGUCAACAGAAUGCGCUUACCACAGCAUAUAUGGGCUCCUGCAAUCCCUCCCUCUGUUGUUGGCACACUUGCUUGUGUAUUAACAUCUAAUAAUCACCUAUUAACCCCCUGCAAAGUGACUGUCGAUCCACCAGUGUGAUGAACCCUUCUUAUGCUGUGGCAAAGGUGUGUUCAAACUGCAUUUUGCAGAAGCCCUGCAAUGCUCCUCUCCUGCCCAAGUGAGCACAAGACCUGGCCUGAUACCAAAUCUCCUUCCCAGUGUUGCCAGAGCAAGAAAACCACUUUACACUGAGGUUAUGAGUCUCCUCGAAUCUUAAAACAAAUGAAAGGUGCUUAAAAACUGAGAACUUUUUCUGUAUCUGCACAUGUGUGCAUGUGUAGAUAUUUCACAACACGGUGUGGGUGUCUGGUAGGUUGUUUUGGGGUGUGGGUUUUAGUUUUUUAGGGGUUUGUUGGGGUUGGGUUUUUUUGCACCCAGUAUUUUCAAUUUGUGACUAGCUGUGUGAUGCUCCUGAUGGGAAGGUGAAGGAAACGCGGUCCUGGCUGGCAGUGAGGCCCUUGGGCCUCUGUCCUGCUUGAACGGCUAGGGUGAGUCUGCUUUCUUUACUUGCAUAAGGGGAAACUAGAGCACAGACUCAGGGACAAACAAAUAUGCUGGGGUCUUUAAAAAUGUGUUUUUUUCCAGGCUUCUCUGUUCGGUUGUGGGGUUUGUUUCUGUCCAUGAGGCCUUUGGUUGCACAGUCCUGAAGGAUGCUGCAGGGAUGUGGCCGGAGCCUUUGGCAGCGUGUGUCGGUGAGAGGCUGCACAUGCUGCUGCGUGUUAGAACUGCAGGGUUUGAUGCUCCGAUGUAGUGCCUGCAUGAAAAAGGAGCUGUGGCCACUUGUGGUGAAACCAUCCCUGAGCAGCAGUCCCUCUUCGUUUGCUCAUGUCCCAAAAAUUCACCUUACAGCUGCUAGAAUGCAGCUGGUCCCUCCUUGGGCUUGUUUGUGAAUAACCAGGUACUGAUUUUAAGCAAUGAGCCCCUGAGGAUUUGGGAAGUGAAGCAGAGCUGUGCUUUCUGCAUCAGCCGCAGCUGGCCUGACUCCCACCGAGUACCUGCGAUCAGAAGGCAGCUGGGAUGGGGGAAGCUAUCAAUCAGAGCGAUCGUGGAGAAAUGCUGAUGCAGGUGACAGGCAGAUUUGUGGGAGGAAAUUUUUGUAUUUUUUGCAAUGAAAGCAUGGAAAAAGAAGGAGAAAUUCCCCAGUGGAGAGACCUGGGCACAUCUCUGUUCAGUAAACGCCAGCUUUGCCUGAGCAGCGUGGCACUGCCACAGCCGUGGCUGCUGGGGCUUGGAUGGGCGAGCUGGUUCUGGCCCUGGCAGCAGCUUCCCGAAGACUCAAAGUCCCUGUGGUGUAGGGGAUCUUCUCCAAGCAAGGAACGAGAGAUUUGCAUCUCAGUUGCCUUCUUUUGGUAUGGGGCAGGGCAGGCUGGCUCCAUACCAGUGCAGUGGAUGAAACCCCUGAAGCGAGUGGUGAGGGUCCCCCAGCCAUCAGGGCAAGACUGGGAGAGGCAGCCCUCUGGGAGAAGUGCCGCCUCUUAAGAUGAAAACCGGAUCACACCAGGACACAUCUAAACCUGCAUCCCAGGGCAGCUCCCUGCAUGGCUCUGCUUGCUGCACCGUGCAAAGGCAGGCUAGUGGUCACGGCACAGCCACAGCACACGCAGGACACCUCACCGGCAGCCACAUCAGCCGCAACAAAGUCCUUUCACCGAAUUUUGGCCCUUGCCUGCACUGCAUGGCUGGGGGGAGUUGCCAGGGGAAGUGGGGCAAAAGUCCUUGUCACCCGAUGCUCUGAAUCUUGCACUCACAAAUGCGCUUUCCAAAAAACUCUGCUGUAAAAGCUCAAUCUGGAAGGAAAACGGUUCUUUCCGUGGGAAUCAGCAUUUCUUUUUCAUCAUGGAUAACAAAAACUCAUGGUUCAUCCCAAAGAUCACUGCUGUGGGAAUCUUCACUGUUCCUUUAGGCAUCUUUCUCAUCAAUAGAUAAUUUUACAAUUUUAAAUCUUACUGAUACCUUUUCCUCUUCCAUCCAGCCCCACUGGGGAGAAAAAAAAACACUAGAUGUCUUGUCAUAUCAGUCAGAACAAAAAAAAAAAGAUGAAAAAAUACUCCAGUGAGGUUCUAGACUUGAAUCACACAGCUUUGCUAUCGCUUCUGUGGAGGAUAAAUAUCAGUUCCAGUGCCCUGCAUAAAGUGGAAGUUAAAUUUCAGGUGAAUUUAUUGAAAAACAAGCUAGUCCCAAAAGAUUAAACCAUAUAAUAAUUAGAAAACAGCCAGUAAAAAGCAAGAGGACACCUCAAGUCAAGGAAAAUGAUUCUCAGCAUCUGCCUGUUGCUGCCUGCCAGAAGGCAGCGCCGAGCCCCGCUCCCCUGUGCUGGGGAUGGGGUGAUGGCAGUCCCCAAGUCUUCCCUAAGUGUCCAGGUUUAAAACAAGAGGCCAUCCGUGUUCAGCUGGUGCCACGGUGACUCUCUAGCCACCGGGGAUUGUCAACAGCCACCAUUUCCACAGGUGGCGCAGAUGUGCCUCCAGUUUGCUGCAUCUCCUUUGCUGCCUGCACUUAGAAAUAGCUGCUGGUGGUGGGAGGGACAUGCCAGCACUCCAGCAUCCCCACCCCAUCCUCAGAGCUUCCGCCCAGGUCCUUCUCCACCAUAGGACUGUGUCUGGUGACCUCCUCAGCACAGCUGUUCAUGGGGACCAGAGCCCAAGGACAGACACCCACCACAAUUGCAGCCUCUCCAUCCCAGGGGACUCUCUCCGUAAGACCAGCCGGGGACAUUAAAGGGCCUUAAACGGGGUUGAUUGCUUCAGGGCUUGUCUUCUUCAAGGUCAAGCUUUCCAUCUCCGCCCAUUUCUCUUAGAUCUGCUCAAUACAAUGUCAGUGUCGUGAAUAAUUUCCUCAAGGGCUCGGUCCUAGUCCCAUUAACAUGACCAGAGCAGCUGUCACGGGUUGCAUGAACGUGGCUGCAGAAGCUGGAUGAAGUGGUGGGAGAGGCUCUGCAUGGUUGGCAAGUCCCUCUUUCGGUUACCAGUGUCCUCAAACCCGUCAGAGACGCUGCCUUCUCCUCCACUUUACUCCAGGAUGCCAGUGGUGGGAGCACUCAUCAGCCAUGGGCUCUGGACCAUGAGACACAGCUUGGGCAGGAGGUCUCCCCAUGGCCUCCCGUUUCAUGCCAUUCAUCAAUGUAUCAUCAAACAGUUUUCUUUUUGCUUCUUAAAAGAGAUCUGUGUCAUUAACUAAACCCACAACUCUUUCCUUAAAAGGAUGAGGAUGACAAAGAUGAGCAGUUCCAUUUAAUAACAAAGAUGGCUUUUAGGUGUAGUCCUUUUUAAAAUUCUUUUUUACAGCAAGGUGACACACAGGUGUGUCCCCCUUACACUCACCCUGAUCUAAUAAGUCCUGGGCUGGUUGGGGGGGGGUCGCUUUUCCAGCCCCAUACCCAGAGCAAUUGCAAAGCUCUGCUAGACGGAUGCUACCGCAUGUCCUAGAGCAUGAAAACCCUGCUUGUGAAGCUUUGGCUCUGCUACAGCUAACCACAAAAAUCCCUCUACCUUCCACUCUGAUUGUAUUUUAUCACCUGUGUGUGGGGAGGAUUUUAUUCCUUGCAAAUGGAGGGGGAAACCAGCACAGUAAGUUGUAAGUUUAGCUUAAAAAUUGUAAGUGUAGCUUAAAAAUGGGGAGCCCAAAGUUUCUCCACUCUUUCAUGUUCACCUCGUGUAUCCACAUCAGGGAAGCCGGGAGCGGCUAUGCCCAAGUCUCACUGAAAUCUUAUCCUCAGCUUUGUAUCGACACAAUUAUGCUUCGGGAAAUCUAGGGAUGAGGGAACAGCACAAGGCAUAGCAGCAAAAUAGUAAUAUUUUCUCUUGUAUCAUAAAUAUAUCUGUACAGAGCUACUGAGCACUGCAAUAUUUUAUUUGUAUGUAUCAACCCUAGGUAUUCUGCUUGUAAAACUCAUCCAUGCGCAUUAUCCAUCUCCAUGCUGGACUGACUGUACAUGUGCCUUUCACCCUUUUUCAUAGUUUGUCAUCUUUUUUUAACACAACUGCAGAACUUGAAUAAAUCAGUGAACUACAGUUAAAAGUCCUAUGCAAGAGAUGACUGGGGAGUCAGUUUCAAUAUUUCUGUGUUUCUCUGUUGUUUUAAAAGUAGAUGCUGGGAUUUUCAGAGAAGCCUAACAGAAUUAAUGCCCUAAAAAGCAUUUAGCCCCCCCCCCCCUUUUUUUUUUAAGCUAAAAAGCAUUUCAGAUCCUAAAUGUCUUAGGCAGCUUUGAAAAUUUCAGCCUAAAUCCCAGUUCCUCAGUGGUUUGAGCAUGGAGAGCGAGCAGUAGCAGCAGAACGAGCACCAGUGCUUCGCCAGGACAGAGGGUGUGUUCAAUAGCCGGUGUUUACUUUCAAGAGAAAGGAGAAGAAAGUGCUGUUUGGUCAGAAAAGUUUGCCUUAAGCCUUCCCUAAAACGCAUUGGAGAGUGUUAUGGUCCCUGGCCACCAGCCCUGUGCCCACCACUGCCCCAGGGCAGAGCAGCCACUCAGCUGGCCUGGUUGGGGUGUUGCAGAGGACCCACACCAUCAAGCAGAUGCCCCACGCAGCCGUUCUCUAUCAGCCGUGCUCUGCUGAAUGCCUUACAACAGUGGGACAACUUCCACGCUGAGAUAUUGAGAAGAGGGAAAAAAAGCCCCAUGUUUUUCUACAUCACCUAUGCUGUAGGACUGAAACCUCGUCCAAAACUCGAAGCUAACAAAAUACGUCCUUUUUGUUUGUUACAUGUUAAAUUGGUGUAAGCAAGAUUAGUAGAGAAAGGGUGCCUACUUCUAGUAGGACAUUGUUUAAACAUUUGCCGCGUGUCAACAGACUGAAGGACACGACUGCCUGGAAUACAUUAUGUAGUGUGCCUGUGUGUUUGUAACCUGGUUUUGGUUGUUAGGUUGUAAUGCUGUCUUUUGACUGAAGAAAGUCUAAUACAAAGAAAAACCACAAGAAAUAAUAAUAAAAAAAAAAUUUAAACUUUA